CAUCUUUGAGACUCUCUGCAUCGCCUGGGUCUAUGGUGCUGAGCGUUUCUACGAUAACAUUGAAGAUAUGAUCGGCUACCGGCCAUGGCCCAUCAUCAAAUACUGCUGGCUUUUCAUCACCCCGGCAGUUUGCAUGAGCCAUGACAAGAGCCAUAUCCAAGGAAGGAGAACGCAAUGGGGCCACCACAUCUCCUGAAGAGAUAAGAAUGGAGGAAAUGGAAGAGAGAGGCCAGUGGCGGAACAAAAUGGAGUUUGUGCUGUCUGUGGCUGGGGAGAUCAUUGGCCUGGGUAACGUGUGGAGGUUCCCAUACCUCUGCUACAAGAAUGGUGGUGGAGCCUUCCUCAUCCCUUACCUCAUCUUCCUCUUCACCUGUGGGAUCCCUCUGUUCCUCCUGGAGACAGCGCUGGGGCAGUACACGAGCCAGGGAGGGGUGACAGCCUGGAGGAAGAUCUGUCCCAUCUUUGAAGGAAUUGGAUAUGCCACCCAAGUCAUUGUGGGAUAUCUGAAUAUCUACUACAUCGUCAUCUUGUCCUGGGCACUCUUCUACCUGUUCAGCUCCUUCUCUUCAGUGCUACCAUGGGCCAGCUGCAAUAACCCCUGGAACUCAGAUCUCUGUGUGGACAUUCUGAAUAGAUCCAGCAUGGACAACAGGACCUUGCCAGCGAACGCCACCUCCUCAAUGAUUGAGUUUUGGGAGAAGCGAGUGCUGAGGCUCACGGAUGGGAUUCACACACUGGGCACUGUGCGCUGGGAGCUGGCUCUGUGUCUCCUGCUGGCCUGGAUCAUCUGCUACUUCUGCAUCUGGAAAGGGGUCAAGUCCACAGGCAAAGUCGUUUACUUCACUGCCACCUUCCCAUAUGUGAUGCUCCUCAUCCUGCUGGUUCGAGGGGUCAUGCUGCCAGGGGCUGCUGAGGGGAUCAUUUUCUACCUGAAGCCAGACAUGUCCAGGCUGGCAGACCCACAGGUCUGGAUGGAUGCAGGCACUCAAAUCCUCUUCUCUUACGCCAUCUGCGAGGGGUGCCUGACAGCUCUGGGCAGCUACAACAAAUACAACAACAACUGCUACAGGGACUGCCUCAUGCUCUGCUCCCUGAACAGUGCCACCAGCUUUGUUGCUGGCUUUGCCAUUUUCUCUGUGCUGGGCUUCAUGGCUCAAGAGCAGGGCGUGCCUAUUUCAGAAGUGGCUGAAUCAGGUCCUGGCCUGGCUUUCAUAGCAUAUCCAACAGCAGUAACAAUGAUGCCUGUGUCUCAGCUCUGGUCCUGCCUCUUCUUCCUCAUGCUGAUCUUCUUGGGACUGGACAGCCAGUUUGUCUGUGUGGAAAGCAUGGUGACAGCUGUUAUUGACAUGUACCCAGGAGUGUUUCGGAAGAAGGGGCGUCGGGAGCUGCUGAUCCUGGCCAUUGUAGUCGUAUGCUACUUUCUGGGCUUAUUGCUGGUCACUGAGGGUGGCAUGUACAUCUUCCAGCUCUUUGACUACUAUGCUGCCAGUGGCACAUGCCUGCUCUUCCUGGCUAUUUUUGAGGUCAUCUGCAUAGGAUGGGUGUAUGGUGCCAACCGUUUCUAUGACAACAUUGAGGACAUGAUUGGCUUCCGGCCGUGGCCCUUGAUCAAGAUAUGCUGGCUGGUGUUCACCCCGGGUCUGUGCUUGGGCGUCUUCCUGUUUUCCCUGAUCAAGUACACACCCUUGAAAUACAACAAUUCCUAUGAGUACCCGCCCUGGGGCUACGUGCUAGGCUGGCUGAUGGCACUCUCCUCCAUGGUCUGUAUUCCUCUCUAUGCCAUCUUCAUCCUCCUGAAAACCAAAGGAUCCCUGAAACAGAGACUGAUGCAGCUGAUUUCCCCAGCGGAGGAUCUACCGCAGCCAAGGAAGAAGCGCGUGGCGAGGCCGUCUGAUCUGAGGCGGGAGGGAUGGUCUCCUCCAGCCCAGGAGCUGCUCAGCAUCACAGAGAGAGAAACCCACUUCUGA